CCGUAAAUGACAAAUCAAACCACCAACGCAUCGGCUGCAGGCUCGUCGGCUACCGAAACAGUCAGCGCCUCUAGCUGCAGCUGGAAGACGACGGUGUCACUAGACGGCGAGUGUUUCCUAGAGCCUCGGACGUGCAGUGAAUGUCUAGAGGAGAUCCCCUCUACAGGAGAUACGUGUGUUCUUACAGAUUCUGGUAUCUGUAUGAACAUCUCGGAAUACAACACACUUGAGAGUCACGACGGCGAGUACUAUUUGGCUGGGAACGUCACGUACUGUGACGCCAGCAACUCGUCAAGCGAUGAAGACUGCGUACUACUAAAUAACUGCGAGUCUUCCACUUGGUUGAGUUAUGCGCGUCAGCGACUGCCUUUAAUCGUACUCGCGGUGGAAGGAGAUACACCGGAAGGCUGCACCUUUGCAACAGAUACAGUCGACGCUGGUACCAAUGGGAGUGCGCUAACUUCCGAAGAUACUUCUUCUUCGACUGUAUCUUCAAGCAAAGAUACGUUAUCGAGUGACGACAAGUGCACGUGGUAUCAGAACACGACGCUGUGUAGUACUCCACGGACAUGUUACGACUGUUUGAACACAGUCGCUGAUAACGGAGACGCUUGUACUAUCACACCGGACGGAUACUGCGCUUCACUAUCGACCAGCUACAACUACACGUUGGAUUUCAGGAGUCCAAGCAGCAGCGGAGUAGCUAACGGAUACUAUUAUCCGUCGACGAAUACGACGUACUGCGAGCCUAACGACGCCGCCUGUUCUAACUUCGGUAUCGCUGGCUCAGCCAGUAACUCAGUGUCGUACUGUGUUGGGAGUGCCGGGUGCAUCUGCGUGGCGUUCUGUCAGUCUGCUGAGUGGCAGGAGACUGUCGUAUCGGAGAAAUGUGCGGCCUCCACGUCGUCUUCUACACAGAAUAUGUACGGCACCGAGUUCCCGUGGAAAACCUUUGUUAUCUACCUCAGUUUGGCUGUGGUGGCCAUUCUGGCGGUGAUACUGGGAGUUUGGCGAGUGCGACAGAAAAUUCGAGCUAGAAGAAGAGAAUCUACGCGUCUAAGGAGAUCCGAAACGAGAAGGUCGACACUGUCUUUGGAACUACCGGCAUGGAAAGCUAUGCGUGAAGAACUGAUAGACAAGAACGUAGAUCCGGUGGGUGAAGGACGUGGCCGAUUGAGACCGAUGUAGUUGAUACCUAGUUUUGUGGUGGUAUUUGUACAAAUGGAUGUGAUCAAUGUGCA